CUCACCACCACCACCACCACCUGCCGAAAAGGAAAAAGAAAAAAAAAAGUUGCAAAGUACGGUCCAGCAUCCUUCCCCUCCUCCCCUCGCUUCUCCCAUACUACCUCAUUCAUCUCCACUGCUUCCCUCCCCAUUGAUUGAGAUUUCCGACCCGCGCGAGAACAACAGCCCCGUGUCUAGACACUUGUGUCGCCGGUCCCAAGCGCGCGGCCACAAGGCGUCUCCAGCACCUCCCCGGCCGAACGACUGCGUGUGCGCGCGCCCACGCGCCGUGCCCCCGACACCGCGCUCCGCGCUCCAUCUCUCCCCCUCCCCCUCGCCGCCAUGGAGUCGCCCGUCAUCGACCUCGAGGAGCCGCAGCAGGGCGGCGCGCUGCAGACGGCCAAGGAUCUCUUCUCGGGUGCCGUCGGCGGCGUUGCGCAGGUCCUGAUCGGCCAGCCCUUUGACAUCGUCAAGGUCCGCCUCCAGACGACGAACCAGUACUCGGGCGCCGUCCAGGCUGCCUCCUCCAUCUACCGCAACGAGGGUGCGCUCGCCUUCUACAAGGGCACGCUGACGCCCCUCAUCGGCAUCGGCGCCUGCGUCUCCAUCCAGUUUGGCGCCUUCCACUCGGCGCGACGCUGGUUUGAGGAGCGCAACGCCGCCGGCGGCUCCAAGCGCCCCGAGCUCGGCUACGGCCAGUAUUUCGCCGCCGGGGCCUUCGCUGGCGUCUCCAACGCCGUCCUCUCCACCCCGAUCGAGCACAUUCGCAUCCGCCUACAGAGCCAACCCCACGGCGCGGGACGCCUUUACUCCGGGCCGCUCGACUGCGUCCGCAAGCUCAGCGCCCACCAGGGCGUCCUCGGCGGCCUGUACCGCGGGUCGGCCGUCACCGUCUACCGCGAGGCCGCCGCCUACGGCGCUUGGUUCACCGCCUUUGAGUACCUCAUGAACGCCGAUGCUGCCCGCAACCGCGUCGACCGCAAGGACAUCCCCGGUUGGAAGAUUGCCCUGUACGGCGGCCUCGCCGGCGAGGCCCUCUGGCUCUCGAGCUAUCCGUUCGAUGUCAUCAAGAGCAAGAUGCAGACGGACGGCUUCGGCGCCCAGCAAAAGUACCCGACCAUGCGCAGCUGCUUCGCCGCCACCUGGCGCGCCGACGGCAUGCGCGGCUUCUGGAAGGGCAUCUGGCCCACCCUCUUCAGGGCCAUGCCCGUCAGCGCCGGCACCUUUGCCGUCGUCGAGAUGACGAUGCGCGCCAUCAACUAGGCGGUGCAGAAAGACGGGAGUUGAGGUCGGACGCAGUCAACAGCGACUUGCCAGCGAAGAACCGGGCAAAACACGUGCCGGUAUGCCGUUUUCAUCAUUUAAUGGGAGGGGUCUUCUAGACACGGGCGUGGGGAUCAACCUUUAUGCGCCGCCUGAGAACAGGCGGAAAAGCUUCAACAGUGAAUUUGGGGGCAUAUGUUGUAGACAUCGUAUUUCGUUGGCUUACCCUGGCACAUACGCCGCCUCUUCGGGACUGUAUAUACAAAAGGAAAAGCAGCCG